GUGAAAGAGUCAAAGAAUUUCUUUUGGGGUACUACUCCCACGGUCUAGUUUUCCUUGACCUUUCUCCGAGAAAUUCUCCACGUUCCUUUACCUUGCUUUUUCUCAAUUGGCGCACCAUGGCCGAAGAAAAACCCCACUGCAAAGUCGUUCUCGCGAACAAUAUCGCCAAGGGUCUUCUCGAGGAGGUCGCCGAGGGGUUGAGAAAGAUCGACAGGAAACCGCUGCUGGUGGGCUUCUUGUCGAGUACGGAUCCAGCGGCCAGGGUCUACGCCGAAUGGACGGGCAAGACGUGCAAUGAAAACGGUUUUGCAUUCGAGCUCCGCGAAGUUGACCGUGAACUCCUCGAGGACGCCAUUAUCGACGCGAAUAAUGACCCCGAGGUUGACGGUAUUAUCGUGUACUAUCCAAUUUUCGGUAAUCGACAGGACCAAUACUUGCAGCAGAUCCUCGAUGUUUCCAAGGAUGUUGAGGGCCUGUCACAUAGGUACAUCUUCAACAUGUACCAGAAUAUCCGAUUCCUAGACUCGCACAACCAGAAGAAGUCGAUUCUGCCGUGUACGCCGCUUGCUGUCAUCAAAAUUCUCGAGUACCUGAGGAUUUACAACACGAUUUUGCCAUACGGAAACAGGCUCCAUGGCAGGACCAUAACGGUGAUCAAUCGAAGUGAGGUUGUAGGAAGACCAUUGGCAGCCCUCCUGGCGAACGAUGGAGCAUGCGUGUACAGCGUUGACAUCAACGAUGUGCAACAAUUCCAUCGCGGCGAGGGACUACGGAAGCGGCGGCACGAAGUCAUUGAGAAGCCCGGUUGGACGCUGGAGAAUUGCUUGCCAUUAAGCGAUGUAGUGAUUAGUGGGGUGCCCGGCGACAAGUACAAGGUGCCGUUGAACUUGCUACGGGAAGGAGCCGUGUGCAUCAACUUCUCCAGCGAGAGAAACUUCAGCUCCGAUAUUAAGGAGAAGGCGUCUAUCUAUGUCCCCGCCAUUGGCAAGGUUACCAUCGUCGUCCUUCUAAGGAAUCUGCUCCGCAUUGUCCAGAACAAGAUCGACGCGACAGUAGAUGCAUCAGGGAAAGGUUCUGAAGAGAAAGCGGCUCAGGUGGCCUCAUAGGAAAAAUCAUUAAAGACAGUCUUAGAGCAUGCGCAUGCGCCAUUUUGAUACCCUUUAUAGAAAGGCGGGAUACGCAAAUAAAAGUACGUUU